AUCUCUGUUGUUCAAGAGAUCACCCCCCUCUCUCUCCCCCCCUCUCUCCCUCCAUCAUGUCCUCCGGUAACAGACGGGUCUUCUUCUCGGUCUCCGGUGUCCUCGGUCUGUGCUGCGCGCUCACGGCGGCUGUGGUGACGGGUCUUCCUCUGUGGAUCCGCGGGACCGCGCUGUGCCGAACCGGGGCCGAGCUGGUGAACGCGACCGGACCCGAACUGGACAAGUUCCUGGGAGAGCUGAGCUACGGACUGUUCACCGGACAGAGGCUGAAACAGUGCGGCCUGGGGGGGCGAGCGUCCCGCUUCUACUUCUUUCCAGACCUGCAGAGCGUCAUCCCCACAGCCCUCCACGUCACUAUCAUCUUCUUCUGUGGCGUCGUCAUCCUCUUCUCCUCCGUGGCCACCGGCUUCUUCUUUGUCAACGCCUUUGGACGACCCUACGAGAUGCUGCAAGGCCCCAUGGGACUUUACCUGUGGACCUUCAUCUGCUGUGUGAGCAGCUGCCUGGUGAUGAUCCUGUUUGCGUCGGAGGUGAAGCUUUACCAUCUCUCUGAUCGUAUCGCAAACUUCAACGAGGUCAACUUCGUCUUCCAGACGUACAGCGAGAGCUACGACCGGUGCUUCUGGCUCUUCUUCCUCGUCUUCCUCCUCCACGGAAUCAACUUCCUGCUCAUCCGACUGGCGGGGAUCCAGUUUCCCUUUAGGGAAACCAAAGAGUUGGACGGGAGUGGGGGGGCGGACCUCAUGUACUGACGGAACCUUAAGAAAACCAGAAACUGAACCAGAGUCUGUAUGAGUCCACAUGAAGAUAGAGACACAUCCAAUAGAAACGUCAAAGUAGGCCACCGGGCCGGAUUCUGAGGGCCCCACAACCACAGGUUUACUCCACGUCAGUUGGGUUUAUUUGAUUUGUUUGAGUAAGGUCCUGCUCCUGUAGAGAUUUCACGUCAGUAGUUUUAGUUUUUUGUCGGAUUCGUCUUACAGAUGUCGUCGCUUGAACGAGAUAUUUGAUCUUUAUAACCUCCUGAAACUCCUCAUCAUUAGUUCCACCCACACUGCUGCAUCAUCAUGAUCUCAUCGCUAGGUGUGUCUAAUGUGUAGUCGGACACGCCCCCUGACAAAACCAGGUAGAGUGAGAACAGACGUUACACACAAUGGAAGCUGUUGACCAAUCAGAGCAGACUUUAUCAGGAGGAGGAUCUUAAAGAGACAGGAGCUAAAAACGAAAUAAAGUGAUCAACCUGAACACGAUCAUUAAUAUUCAUAUUCUCCUGUGAUACCAUGUGACUAUGGAAAUAACUUCUAUAAUACAGAUGAUCACAUAGAAUUAUUGAUCAUAUAAGUGAUUAUGUUGAUUCUCUGACUUUUAAAUAAAAAAUGACACAUGA